AUGUCGGCCAAGAGUAAAAUUUCCCAAAAAUCUCCAGAUGAUGUUGUCGUUGUUGCAGCAUAUAGAACUGCCCAAACCAAAGGUGGUAAAGGUGGAUUAAGAAAUGCUGGAUCGGAUUUUCUUUUAUAUGCAUUAACCAAAGAAUUCUUGAAAAAGACUGGUGUUGAUCCAAAGAUUAUCCAAGAUGCUGCCAUUGGUAAUGUCUUGAAUAGAAGAUCUGGUGAUUUUGAACAUAGAGGUGCUUUAUUAGCAGCCGGUAUCCCACAUACCACUCCAUUUAUUGCAGUCAAUAGACAAUGUUCUUCAGGUUUGAUGGCCAUUUCUCAAAUUGCAAACAAGAUUAAAACUGGUGAAAUCGAAUGUGGUUUGGCUGGUGGUGCCGAAAGUAUGACCAAGAACUAUGGUCCUGAUGCUUUGGUUCAAAUUGAUCCAGCUUAUGCUGAAAAUCCAGAAUUCAUCAAGAAUGGUAUUCCUAUGGGUCUUACCAAUGAAAACGUCUGUGCUAAAUUCAACGUUCCAAGAGAUGCUCAAGAUCAAUUUGCUGCUGAAUCUUACCAAAAAGCCGAAAAGGCUCAAAAAGAAGGCAAAUUCGAUGAUGAAAUCUUACCAAUUGAAGUUUACCAAGAAGAAGAUAAUGACGAUGAUGAAGAUGAAGAUGCUGAACCAAAGGAAGUUUUAGUUACUAUCAGUAAAGAUGAUGGUAUUAGAGGUGGUGUUACAAAAGAAAAAUUAGCCAAGAUUAAACCAGCAUUCAAAGAUGAUGGUGUCUCCACUGCUGGUAACUCUUCUCAAGUUUCCGAUGGUGCUGCUUUGGUAUUAUUGAUGAAACGUUCUUUUGCUGAACAACACGGUUUCAAACCAUUGGCCAAAUAUGUCUCUUGUGCUAUUGCUGGUGUUCCACCUGAAAUCAUGGGUAUUGGUCCAGCUGUUGCUAUUCCAAAAGUAUUGAAACAAAAUGGUUUGACUGUUGAUGAUGUUGAUGUCUAUGAAAUCAAUGAAGCCUUUGCUGGUCAAUGUUUGUACUCCAUUGAAAGUUGUAACAUUGAUAGAUCUAAAGUUAAUAUCAAUGGUGGUGCCAUUGCCUUGGGUCAUCCAUUGGGUGUUACUGGUGCUCGUCAAUAUGCUACUAUCUUGAGAUUGUUGAAACCAGGUCAAGUUGGUCUUACUUCUAUGUGUAUCGGUACUGGUAUGGGUGCUGCUUCUGUUUUAGUUAGAGAAUAG